CAAUAAGUGUGCUCUCCCUCCGCUUUUGCCGGCAAUGGCGGAAUCGACGAGGAAUCAAACCGGAGAUGGAAGAGAAGCAACUGAGGAAGAUGACUACAUGGCAGACCUGUCUCGUUUCCUUCCACCUGAGCCUUCCCAGACGUCCAAGAGAGUUCCUCCGAGAAAGGCUUCUGAUUCGAAAACAGCGAAUGUUGAACCAUCUAGGAAGAAACCCAAGGCCCUAAGUUGGCAGGAGAGACGAAAAGCUGAGAAAGAGAAGAAGCAAAUGGAAGAGGAUCAGCAGACAUUGGCUCGUAUAGACACUCCGAUUUCGGAGUCUAACAUAGGGUUUAAGCUGUUGAAGCAAAUGGGUUACACCCCCGGGUUGGCUCUUGGUAAAGAGGGGUCAGGUAGAGCUGAACCUGUGGGCCUGGAAAUUCGGAGAUCGAGGGCUGGGAUCGGUAGGGAGCACCCUCAUAAGGAGAAGAGGAGAAGGGAGGAGAUUGAGGCGGAUAAUAUAAAGAGAAAGGAGGAGGAACUGAUGUCGGACUUUGGGUCCAGACAGAAGUCCCAAUGGCGCAUUCGGAGAAUCAUGGUUAACUUUAGGAAGGCUAAGGCAGCUCUUGACCAGCUUGAGAACAAAGAAGUUGUUCCAGAGAAGAGAAAUGAGGAAGAAGAGGAUGGUAAAUCGGGUGAAGAAGAGGAAGAAGAAGAGGAGAUCACUGAAGAGGAUUUGCAAGAGAUAUUGAUUAAACUGAGGGAUGAAUAUCGGUAUUGCCUUUUCUGCGGAUUCCAGUAUGAAACAGCUGAAGCUCUUGCAUCCAACUGUCCUGGGAUAAAUGAAGAUGACCACUAGAUCAUUGAGUGAGGUGGAACACACAGAUACAUGUCUGGAAGCUCUUUGUCCAUAUAUGCAGGUUAACAAUUCUCUAAUGUUGCCAAAGGGCUUCAACAACAUUCAGAAGAACGACCAUGUCUGCAUAGGCAUAGGUUAUUCUGUUAGGUGAAGAGAAAGUUGCUGAUGGAGAUCUAGAAGUGGUCUUUAAAUAGCUGUAUUCGCAUGUAACCGAUCUAUUAGUGGAAACUAUUGGAACUAUUGAUUAUAAUCAGAUUAUUAUAUUCUUUGGGUCUGACA